AGGUUCGCCUACAAUGGUGAAGAAGCAGCGCGACGACCGUAAAGCGGUUAGGGUGACUUGUGAGAAAGACAAGCAUUUCACGCAAGCACAGAGUGUAUUUCUGCAAUGCAUAUGCGUUCUGUGCUCAAGGAAUAUCGACAACGAGCAGCAGCGUAAAAAGCACCAAGCCUCCAACAAAAAGACUCACAGAGGACCAUGUACCCGUUGUUCCAAUUAUUUCGACAAUGGGGAUGAGAACUCGCAUACAUUCACUAUUCAUGGAAUGUAUUUUGCCGAGGCUGUGGCAGCGCGUUUCCCUGAAGCACUUGAGUUGAACGGGAUCGAUGUUGCUCCUGCUGAUGAUGAUGAGCAAGCUGCUGCAGAUGAGGAAACUGCUGAGUUUGAAGGGAUUGAUGCUGACGAGGAAGGUGGAUAAUUUUGCAUUUGAGUGGACAUUUUGGAGCUAUGAGGAGCCCCUAGGUCAGCAUCUUAUGAUGCAGAUUUCACUGACUUUGUUUCUCAUUCAUCUGUAGACACUGUAGACAUUAUUUUGAUUUACGUGCCUUUAGGAUUUAUGCUGAUAUGUCAUGGAUGCAUCUGACUUCCAUUGAACUUUUAGUGUUCAAUCCAACUUUUCUUACAAAGAAUAUUGUUAGACAAAGGAUGUACUAUAUAGCAUAUGAUGCGGUAUUAUGAGC